AUGAUUCUAUGCAGCGAAGUUCCAGCACUGAUUCCUUCCCCGCCAGAGUCAAAUGGAUUCGAUUGUUUCGUAGUAUAUCCCACUACAUCGACACCCUACAAAGCCGAAAAAUCGGAGCCCACUGUGGACUUUGUCUUCAUUCACGGAAUCACGGGAUCUCAAACUGCAACAUGGACGGCCGAGAACGACCAAGGAGUGAAAGUACUGUGGCCGCGAGAUCUCCUCCCUGACAAGAUUCCCGACUGCCGGGUCAUCAUGUACGGCUAUGACGCCAACGUCGUCAACUUUUGGGCCGAAGCGAGCCAAAAUUGCCUCUAUCAACAUGCUAGAGACCUGUUCAACAGCAGGCCGAUCAUCUUCGUUGUACACAGCAUGGGCGGUCUUGUCGUUGCUGAUGCCUUGCACCGAGCCAAAGACGCCCUGGAUAGGUAUGAAGAAGACGUCUACCACUUGACAUACGCCAUUGCUUUCUUGGGCACGCCUCAUCUGGGGGCGGAACUGGCAUCCUGGGCCUCUGUUGGUGCCAAGUUUCUCUACCCCUUCAAACGGACCAACGUACGCUUGGUGAAAGUACUGGAAACGCGAUCCGAAGAGCUUCGGGAUAUUCAGCAGCGUUUCCAUCUGAUGCUGAGGAAAAGAGCGAUGGCCUGCUCCAAGCAACCAUCCGAUUCGCCCUAUCCAAUCAAACUUUAUUGUUUCUAUGAGUCUGAAGCAUUGAAAAUAGUGGGCAAGGUCGUUGAAGAGAAAAGUGCCGUGCUGAGCGAUUGGGGCUCGGCUUCCAUCCAUGCCAACCAUAUGGGGAUGACUCGCUUUCCACAUGAGAAUGACGAUGGAUUCAGGAGAGUAUGUGGGCGUUUGUCGGUCUGGGUUAAAGAAUUAAGGGAUCGACGCUCAGCCCAGGCCAGCGCACAAAUAGCAGUCCAGACUGCCACUAUGCCUGGUGCUACGCAGAGGUCCGAAUUGGAGGUUUCCAAGACCCAAGGCGUAGAGGCGCCGACCUCAGUGUCGGCUCAGAUACCUCCAGCCACUGCCCUGUCACCACUCCAACAGCAUCAUCAGCAGCAGCAGUACCAACCGCCCCGUCUGCCGCCCCAACAAGCUGCCGAGCCCCCGAGUGAGACACCAGACCCUGGGCAGGAGCAACCGACUGAACUACCGGAUCGGCCGGCACAGCAGGGUCGGGGCGAGCAUCCAAAACAGCAGCCCGCAUAUUUCCCGAUUGGACAGCCAGUAAGAGAGAAGAAACACCCAAAGAAAUCCAAGAAAAGUCAGAGCAGCGGCCCAACGUUCAACUUCAAUGGGCCCCGUGGAGGCCAAUGGCAGGUAGCAGGUGGUGAUAUAAACAAUCGCGGACGUGCGUUUGGCGGUAAAACUAGCAAUGUAAAAGGGGGCGACAGCAAGGAGGACGAUUCUAGCGAAGAGUCGGCCGGCGGUGAUUGA